AUGUCUGCAAAAGGAGGCAAUGGCAAGAAGACAACUUCGCCGGCGGUAAAUCUGAUCGCCGGUGGCGGUGCCGGCAUGAUGGAGGCGCUCGUGUGCCAUCCCCUAGAUACCAUCAAAGUCCGAAUGCAGCUGUCGCGACGCGCGCGAGCUCCGGGAAUGAAACCCCGGGGCUUCGUCACCACCGGUGUUGAAAUCGUGAAAAAAGAAACCGCAUUGGGACUGUACAAGGGUCUGGGAGCUGUUCUGGGAGGUAUCAUCCCGAAGAUGGCCAUCCGGUUCACUUCCUACGAGCAAUAUAAGCAGCUUCUUUCAGACAAGGAGACCGGCGCAGUCACAAGCAAAGCCACCUUCCUUGCUGGUCUUGCUGCUGGUGUGACAGAAGCCGUGGCCGUGGUGAACCCCAUGGAAGUCGUUAAGAUUCGUCUGCAAGCGCAACAUCACAGUUUGGCCGACCCCCUCGACACGCCCAAGUACCGAAGUGCCCCGCAUGCCCUGUUCACCGUCAUCAAAGAGGAAGGAUUCAGCACUCUAUACCGUGGCGUCUCCCUAACCGCGCUGCGACAAGGAACCAACCAGGCGGCCAACUUCACCGCAUACACCGAGCUGAAGGCGGCGCUGCAAAAGUACCAGCCCGAGUACAGCAACACCCAACUCCCGUCGUACCAGACGACCCUGAUCGGACUGAUCUCCGGUGCGGUCGGGCCCUUCUCGAACGCCCCCAUUGACACGAUCAAGACGAGACUGCAGAAGACGCGCGCCGAACCCGGUCAGUCCGCCGUCUCGCGCAUCAUGGUCAUCGGCAAGGACAUGUUCAAGCAGGAAGGGGCGCGCGCGUUCUACAAGGGUAUCACGCCGCGUGUGAUGAGAGUGGCGCCCGGCCAGGCCGUUACCUUCACUGUGUACGAGUUCCUGAAGGGGAAACUGGAGGCCUCGAAGUGGAGUCUGGUGGGCGGCAAAUAUGAGGAAUAG